AUGGCGAACCCAGACAGGGAAAUUAGAAUUGCCGUCAUGGGUGUAACCGGCAGUGGUAAAUCCACGUUUAUCAACAAGGCUAGCGGGUCGAACCUUCCUGUCAGUAGCGGCCUCGAGAGUUGCACCCAAGAGGUGCGAACUUCUAAGCCAUUCGUCGUCAGCGGGCGUGUCGUGACCCUGAUCGAUACACCGGGGUCGGACGACACGACCCGCAGCGACGCAGAGGUUUUGUCCAUGAUCGCCGCAUAUCUCUCCAACACCUACGAGCACGGCUCCAGGCUCGCAGGUGUCAUCUACAUGCACCGCAUUUCCGAUUACAGGACGGGCGGCAAAUCCCAGGGCAACUUCAAGAUCUUCCGUGAACUCUGCGGAGAUAGCUCGCUCAAAAACGUUCUCAUCGUGACCAACAUGUGGUCAAAGGUGAAACUCGAGAUCGGCGAGGCCAGAGAGGCCGAGCUUGCGAGCAAGGACAAAUUCUUUAAGCUCAUGCUUGAGAAAGGUGCUCGGAUGCUCCGCCACGAUGGUACCAUCGAGUCCGCACAUACCAUCCUCCGUUAUCUCAUCAACAGCCACCCCGCUACGCUCCGCAUUCAGCGGGAAAUUGUCGACGAGCACAAGCCCAUAGAGAAAACCGCUGCAGGCUCUGAGCUCAGGCGCGCCCUCGACGAGCAGGCGGACGGCCACAGAGAGGAGAUCCGUAAUCUCCGAGCAGAGAUGGAAGCCGCUAUGCGGGCCAAGCACGAGGAGAGGAGAAGCGAACUUCAAGAAGAGCUCGAGAAAAAGCAGCAGGAAUGUAUGCGCAUUGAGGAAAACUCUCAGCGCAUGGCAUCUGAGUUCGCUGCCGAACGCACACGUCUUGAGGCUCGAAUCUUGCAGAUGGAAGACGAUCACCAGAAGCAACUGGAGGUGCUGGAGGGCCUUCAAGGAGAUAUAGCCAGAGUCCUGAGCGAGAAAGAGCAGCAGGAAUCUCUGCACAUUCGAAAGCAGAGCGAAAUGCUUGCUGCUAAGCAGGAAGAGGACGAGCGUCGAGCUCGCGAAUUGGAAGAAGAACGCAAGGCAAGAGCACUGGCAGAAGAAAGUCACCAGACGCACAUCCACAGUCUCCUGGAGGACGUGGAAAAGACACGCACCGUGAAAGAGAUAGGAGACGUCGCUCAUGCCGAACAAGUCAAGCGAGAGCGAGCAGCGCUAGAGGCUGAGCAGCAGCGACAACGCUCCGCCAUGGAAGCAGCGAAAAGGGAACGUGCUCGCGGGAGGAAGCAGAAAGAGCACGCCUGCAAAAAGAAUUCGCGGAGAGAGAGAAAGAAUUAGAGGAAGUUAAGGCGUCUCAUGCACAGAAGGAGGUAGAGAGUGCCGCAGCAAAGCAAACCGAGGAAAACAUUCGAAUACGUCUCCUUGAACAGCAAGAACUAGCACGAAAAAGCAAAGAAGAGCUGGCUCGGGUGCGGGGGGACAUGGAAAAGGCGUACGCCAUCCAAGAGCAUGAAGCAGCAUUGGCUAGGCAAACUGAAGAAGAUGCACGCGCACGACUGCUCACAGAGCAACAUGAAGCCAAAUUAUGCAAUGAAGCAGCACAUAGGAAACGGCUUGAAGACGAGCUCCGAGGUACUCGCACUCAGUUGGAAGAGCAAAAACAAAAGCGAGCGAUUGGUGAUCGAAUAUUCUAUUUUUGUGUCGAUUUUUUCUUUUUUCUUUUUGUUUGCUUUCUUCUUGGUGACCCUAAAGCCAAGGCGUAGCCCUACUCCGAUUCAUUGUCACAUACCGUCUGAUGUUUGCAAUUGAUC